ACUCUUUUACAGAUCCUCGAGAUUCCCAUCGAUCCAAGAUGGCUCCUCCGAUCACCGCCAAGUACGAUUGGAUUCUCGCCCUCACAACCAUCGCCUUCGUUUUCAGCUCUUUCGGUAACGGUGCCAACGAUGUCGCCAACUCAUACGCCACCUCGGUGGCGGCCAAGACCCUGACCAUGGUGCAAGUCGGGUUCCUUUCGAUUAUCACCGAAUUUGUCGGAGCCGUUGCUCUCGGAGCCCGUGUCACUUCCACUAUCAAGAACGGCAUCAUUUCGAUUAAUCGCUUCCAAGAGGAUGGGGUUCAUCCAGGCACGCUCAUGCUCGCCAUGGGAUGUGCCGAAGUUGGCAGUGCCACCUGGCUAAUGGUUGCUACACGAAUGGGUUUCCCAGUGUCUACCACUCAGACUGUUGUUGGCGCUUUGAUCGGCGUAGGCUUUGCAAGCGGUGCUCCUAUCAAGUGGGCGUGGGACAAGGGUUCCGUCUCGCAAGUCGCAGCGUCCUGGGCUAUUGCUCCUCUCCUGGCAGCCGCUUUCUCAGCAGUGCUCUUCGGCACUCUAAAGUACGGUGUGCUGGAACGCAAGGAUUCGUUCAAAAUGGCGAUGCGAGUGAUCCCAUUCUAUUUCGCCUUCACGGCGUCGAUCCUCGCUCUCUUCAUCGUCGUCGAGGCACCAACUGCGCCUUCUCUUGAGGAAUUUGGAGCUGGAAAAGCCGCGGGAAUUAUCCUCGGCGUCUUUUUUGGGGUCCUUGCCAUUGUCUACGUUUUCUUCAUGCCUUUCUUCGAGCGCAAGCUCAUUAGGAAGGAUCCGCGGCUCAGGAUCUGGCACGUCCCUCUCGGUCCUCUUCUGCGGAAGGAGAACGUCUCGCUCUACUUCCCUGGUAAGGGCGAAGAGUACGUCGUCAAUUACUACGAGGACGCAUAUGGCGAGGUCCGCGCCGGACGCCAUGACGAGGAGAAGGUGCGUCGACGAAGUGCCGAAGGGGCCCAUGCAGCCAGUGAGGACGGUAUCCAAAAGCCGGAUAACAACAAUGGCCACGCCCCAGCGAAGCUUCCUGAAGAUCACGAGAAGGCCCUGUCCUUGGAAGAGCGGUCGAAAGAAGAUGCCGCUGCGGCUGCGCCUCUGACACGGAGGCGCAGGAACGAGCCAUACGAGCGCUGGAUCACUCCGGUCAAGGGGCUCUCCUGGGCCAACCCUCAACGCUGGUGGGGAUAUUUCAAGUUCGGUCUCCUGCAUGGUGUUACUGUGGACGUUAUCACGCACGACAGUGAGUUGCUUCAAGCAAUCCAUGCGCGAGCGCACCGCUACGAUGUUCGCGUUGAGCAUCUGUGGACCUACUGCCAAGUCAUCUCGGCCAUGAUGAUGUCCAUUGCGCACGGUUCAAACGAUGUGGCCAACGCUGUUGGUCCCUGGGCAGCCGUGUACGAGACGUAUCAGAAGGGCGCGGUGGAAACCAAGGCGCCGACUCCUGUUUGGUUCCUCGUCGUAGCAGGUCUCUUGCUGGGUCUCGGAUUUUGGUUUUAUGGCUAUCACAUCAUGCGUGCGCUGGGCAACAAGAUCACGCAGAUGUCGCCGACUCGAGGCUUCUCUGUCGAGCUGGGCGCGGCCAUCACGGUCCUGCUCGCAUCGCGUCUCUCUCUUCCGGUCUCAACCACGCAGUGCUUGACGGGCGGAGUCAUGGGAGUCGCCCUGAUGAAUUACGACUUCGGAGCCGUCAACUGGAGGCAGCUCGGGUGGAUCUUCAGCGGCUGGGUUCUGACGCUGCCGAGCGCGGGAUUGAUUUCUGGGCUACUGUGCGUCAUGGCGCUCAACACUCCUCAUUUCUGAGGCACGACAGAGCAGGGGGUGGGUGUCGGGAUGCGGUCGGCCUCUUCCGCGGCGGCGCAUUGCACUGGUGGGUUAAUGGACGGUAGCAUGUUCGGGAUAGAGGUUCUGCUCGGAGGGUAUACCAUUUCAGCCGAGGUCCUUCAUUAGCUAGGCGAAUUCAUCGUAUUAUCUUGC